AUGGCGAUGGCGAUGGCGAUGGCGGGACUCGAGGUUGGAAGAGGACAGCUCAAGGCUCGACCCAUUGGUAUCGGACACGCGGCACCAGCAGCAGUGAUCACCAACAAGGACAUGGAGAAGAUCGUCGAGACCACUGAUGAGUGGAUUUCUACUAGGACCGGUAUUGAGAAGAGACACGUGCUUGGGGGCGGCGAGGGUCUCAGAGACUUGGCGAUCAGAGCUGGAAAGGCCGCCAUUGCCAACGCUGGUGUGAAACCUGAGGAGAUUGACCUGGUGAUCGUGGCGACAAGCUCGCCUGACGACAUGUUCGGGGACGCCCCUGCUGUCGCUCAAGCCAUUGGCAUCACCUCCGCAUUCGCCUUUGACCUCACCGCCGCCUGCUCCGGCUUCCUCUUUGCCACUGUCACGGCCUCGCAGUUCCUCAACAACGGAGGGCACAAGAAGGCGCUGGUGAUCGGAGCCGACGCUCUUUCGCGUUGGGUGGACUGGGAGGAUCGCAACGUGUGCGUCCUCUUCGGCGAUGGAGCUGGAGCUAUGGUUGGACCGGAGCAUACUAUCACUCAAGGGUCCUACACCUCCAUUGGCAUGGUGGGCAAGGAGAUCUACAAGUUCGCUACCCGUGAGGUGCCCAAGGUCUUGGAGGAGGCGCUCGAGAACGCUGGGAUGAAGACGGAGGACGUAGACUGGCUGCUGCUGCAUCAGGCGAACAUCCGCAUAAUGGAGGUUGUUGCUCAAAGGCUCGGAAUCCCGAUGGAGAAGGUCUUGCAUAACUUGGAGGAGUACGGCAACACCAGCGCCGCCUCCAUUCCCCUCGCUCUGGCGGAGGCCAUAGCAUCGGGCAAGGUCAAGAAAGGAGACGUCAUCGCCUGUGCUGGUUUUGGGGCUGGUCUCAGCUGGGGAGCGACUGUCAUGCGAUGGGGAUGA